AUGACCGUCAUCAGCCACGGUAGCAAGACGCAAGCUAUCGUAUCUUUGUCGUCUACGGAGGCAGAGUACAUUGCUGCCGGGGAGGGUGUGAAGGAAGCUUUGUUUGUGCGUGCAGUGCUUUCGUUUAUUGCCCCAGAGACCAGUGGCAGCAGCAUUCAGGUCCUUGAGGACAAUCAGGGGGCUAUGGCUUUGGUGCAGAACCCCCUCAGCUCAGCGCGUAGCAAGCACAUCGACGUGAGGUACCACUUCAUUCGUGGAUUGUUCAGGUCGGGGGACAUCUCGAUCAAGUUUGUGUCGACGUCGGAGCAGCAUGCCGACAUGCUUACCAAGGCUCUUAGCAAGAGCUAG